UAAUUGCAGUGUGAUGCAGCGGUGGGAAUGAAAGCCUUUUUUGACAUGCUUCAUCAGAAACCUCAUAAAGUAAUCCUUUUCGGUGCCGCCUGUACCGCUGUCACAGAUCCCAUAGCCAAGUCCUCACAGUUCUUCCAAUUAGUACAGUUAACCUAUGCUGAUACACAUCCUAUGUAUACUAGAGAAAAUUAUCCAAAUUUUUUCCGUGUUGUGCCUAGCGAAACUGCUUUCAAUCCUGCAAGAGUUUCUCUCCUAAGGCAUUAUAAUUGGAGUAGAGUAGGAACUUUGUAUCAAAAUUCCCCCAGAUAUGAUUUGCCCCACAGUAAACUUUUAACCGAUUUAGAUAGUGCCGAUAUUGUAAUCGCAGAAACACAAGGCCUUGUUGAAGAACUGCAGCAUGAGUUAUUGAAACUCAAAACUAAAGAUGUUAGAAUUAUAUUAGGAAACUUUGAUGAAGAUUGGGCGAGAAGGAUAUUUUGUGAAGCUUAUAAACUUAAAAUGUUCGGACGUAAGUACCAGUGGAUCAUAGUUGGAAUGUACACAGAAAGAUGGUGGGAGAAAGUCUCACAAGUAAAUUGCUCGACGUGGGAAAUAAUGGAAGCAAUGGAAGGAUUAAUUUCUCUGGACGUAUUACCUCUCAGCAGCUCAGAGAACAUCACCGUCUCUGGACUGACUGCGGCUGAGUAUGCUGGACAGUAUGAUAAGAAAAGAGAGCAAGAAUACAGUCGUUUUCAUGGUUAUGCUUAUGAUGGCAUAUGGGCAAUUGCACUUGCCAUUCAGAGCGUCUCUAACAGACUAAAAGCAAAAGGUAAACUGUUAAAGGAGUUCCAAUAUAGAGACCCGUUUUGGGGUCAGUUGUUCAGGGACGCUUUUAACGAAACAUCUUUUACUGGAGUCACAGGUCCAUUCAGCUUUAGGAAAAACGAACGGCGUAGCUCAAUUCUUUUAAAACAAUUUCAAAAUGGAACUGAACUUAAAAUAGGAGAGUAUGAUCCUAGCAUUGAUGAAUUAGAUUUUAGUAAAGGAGCUCCAAUAAUUUGGAAUGGUGGCAGUGGGCCUGCAGCGGAUCGAACGCACAGAAAAAUAGAGAAAAAAAGAAUAAGUAUUACAGUUUAUUCCAUCCUCGUUACGUUUGCAAUUCUUGGCAUUAUAAUAGCUACAAUAUUUUUAGUAGUUAAUAUAAAGUAUAGGAAUCAAAGGUAUAUAAAGAUGUCCAGCCCAUACUUAAAUAAUAUAAUUGUAGUGGGAUGUAUGUUAACGUAUACUAGUGUUAUUUUACUUGGAAUGGACAGCGGAAUUAGUAACGAAGCCAAUUUUACAAAGAUAUGUGCUGCGAGAGCGUGGGUUUUGAUGUCUGGAUUUACGUUUGCGUUCGGCUCCAUGUUCAGCAAAACUUGGCGAGUUCACGCAAUCUUCACAAAUAUUAAGCUCAAUAAAAAGAUCAUUAAAGAUUACAAAUUGUUUAUAGUUGUUGGAGUAUUAGUUAUGAUAGAUGUUAUAAUUCUCAUAACAUGGCAAACUGUCGAUCCUUUUUAUCGUAAAACUACUAAUGGACAACCACUGCCUUCUCCAGAAAAUGAAGACAUCGAGAUCAUACCAGAGCUCGAGUUCUGUCAAAGUAACAACAUGACAAUUUUCUUAGGAUCGAUUUAUGCUUACAAAGGUCUUCUCAUGGCUUUUGGUUGUUUCUUAGCGUGGGAGACACGUCACGUGAGCAUCCCCGCCCUCAAUGAUUCCAAGUACAUCGGCAUGAGUGUAUACAACGUGGUGAUCAUGUGCGUGAUCGGGGCCGCACUCUCCUUUGUGCUGAGGGAGCAACAAGAUGCGGCCUUUGUCAUCAUCUCAAUUUUUAUAAUGUUCUGUUCGACGACCACCCUCUGCCUGGUGUUCGUUCCCAAGGUGAGACUGUUGCUGGAACUAUGGGCAAAUCCUCACGCUGGUGACCGUAGGGUUCGUGCUACUCUCAAACCCCUGAAGAAAUCUCGGCGGAGUUCAGAAGAUGAUCUCCAGUACAACAUACAACUUCUUCAAGAAGAGAACAGAAGAUGUAGGCAGCGAUAUGAAGAUGUGAGCAUAGAACUUCAAAAAUUGAAUCUUCGAUUGCGUGAAGCAGAAGAGCCGGUAAUUCUGGUGACACACGGUUAUGACAUGACGUCUCCUAUAGUUGAAUUACCAUCACUUGAAGUGAGUGAAGAAGAUUCUACUGAAGACCAGUUUUCCAGGAGACCAUCCAUGCCCGUGAGAUCGAUGGCCAUAUCGUUGCCAAAAAGAAGAAUGUCCGAGAUUUCUGUUCGUCUGUCGACGAUGUCCGAGAGAGAGAGCAGCUACGUGCGAACAGACGAGUCAUCAGUGCAAAUGAGUUCUCCACCAGCCACGGAGGAACAGAGCACCACAUUUGCCUUUCCCCAACCUGCUGUGCCUCGAGUUGAGGAAUCCAAACCCUCACCAUCCAGUCUGCGAUAUCGACAAUUGCAGCCGCUUUCUCUCAUGGAUGAAGCUAGUCAGGCAGUCAAGUUCGUUGACUCUGACUCGAGUGGGGAGGGGUCUGGCAAAAGUCCAGGAGGCAGGAACCAGCAGGACUACCAGGAGUCGGACGAUACAUCCUAUGCGAGGGCUAUCCAAAACACUCAGAGAAAACGCAGCCUCAUGAAUGGAUUGUCAUCGAGUGCCGAAGAAGACACCGACAAGUUCGAGUUGGGAGCUUAUUCAGAAGAUAGUGACACAAACGCUCUAAGAUCGGCUGGAUUGCGAGCAGAUGUGAGAAGAAGAGCGAAGAGCCUGGGAGCCUUGAGAGACACAACGAGACGGACAAGUUAUGGCUCCACUGGGCCACCCGGUGGAGCCCAAGUAUCAGUGAUUCACAAUCGCAGGACCGACGCAGGGCUUUUGCCCCUCAUUCCCUACAUAAGUCAUAUUAUGAACAAUCGAAAAUCUCCCAAUGAUGACGAAUCAACGCCACUGUACAGCUCCUAUCCUUCGGUAAAGUGUGAUAUCGUUGAAUAUUUAUGAGGAUUUUUUUUUUUUUUUACUGAUUCAACAUUCCUUU